AUGGGGAACAUUGUUGGCUCAUUUGUUUCAGGUUUUAUUAAAGUUGUAGGUGACUUGCUUGGAGCUCCAUUAGAUUUUCUUUCCGGAAAGUCUUGCAGCUCAGUAUGCGGUUCAACAUGGGAUUUGGUUUGUUACAUCGAGAAUUUCUGUAUUGCCAAUCUUUUGAAGUUGCUUGCUGUCUUAGUCCUCCUUUAUCUUGUGCUAUUGUUCUUCUACCUUCUAUACAAACUUGGUAUCUGUCACUGCAUUGGUAUGGGUAUGUGCAAGAUGCUAUGGGCAUGUUUGACAUCAUGCCUCUCAAUCUGCAAGUAUGGAUGCAUGUCUUUAUGGCAUAAGUCCAAGAAUUUGAAAAGAAUGAAUGAGGAGCACCUAAGAGAUAUUGAUGACUCCUAUGAUUCCACUACAAGCAAUGAUGACUUGGAAGGGACGACAUCAUACACACAUAAACCAAGGUCAUUAGAGUUUCGAAAACUAUUCUCUGAAAGAUCAAGGGAACGCAGAAGGAUUCACUUGGAGAGGUCUCUGAGGCCAAGGAGUCACCGAAUAAGAGUUGGGAUUAGCUACAUGAAUUCGAAUGAGAGAGACCCGAGAAAGCAUCAUAGGCAUGCAGAUGCACUCCACAACAUUAAGGUGACUCACACAUCCAAAUUUGUGCAGAAGGCCAACCCGAAACGUAUUCACUAUAGGAAGUGGUGA